CAUUAAAAAACGCAUUUAUCGCGUUCCCUCUCGCUUGACCUGACCUACACAACGAUUCUCUAAUCAAAGAAUCCAAUCCAAUCACAUCAGAUCUCUGAAGAAGAAGAUGGCGGUUUCUGCGCGUGAGGAGUUCGUGUACAUGGCCAAGCUCGCGGAGCAAGCGGAGAGGUACGAGGAGAUGGUGGAGUUCAUGGAGAAAGUCUCCGCGGCCGUCGACGGCGACGAGCUCACCGUCGAGGAGCGAAACCUCCUCUCCGUCGCCUACAAGAACGUGAUCGGCGCUCGCCGCGCCUCGUGGCGCAUCAUCUCGUCGAUCGAGCAGAAGGAGGAGAGCCGCGGCAACGACGACCACGUCGCGGCGAUCCGCGACUACAGAUCCAAGAUCGAGACGGAGCUCUCGGGAAUCUGCGACGGGAUCCUCAAGCUCCUCGACUCCAGGCUCGUCCCCGCCGCCCCUUCCGGCGACUCCAAGGUGUUUUACCUGAAGAUGAAGGGUGAUUACCAUCGCUACUUGGCUGAGUUCAAGACUGGUCAGGAGAGGAAAGACGCCGCCGAGAACACUCUCUCCGCCUACAAAUCUGCUCAGGAUAUUGCGAAUGCUGAGCUGGCACCAACUCACCCGAUCCGUCUAGGUCUGGCAUUGAACUUCUCUGUGUUCUACUACGAGAUCCUUAACUCUCCUGAUCGUGCCUGCAGCCUCGCCAAACAGGCCUUUGAUGACGCGAUAGCAGAGUUGGACACACUAGGAGAAGAGUCGUACAAAGACAGCACCUUGAUCAUGCAGCUUCUCCGUGACAACCUCACUCUCUGGACAUCCGACAUGCAGGAUGAUGCUGCGGAUGAGAUCAAGGAAGCAUCUGCUCCAAAACCAACAGAGGAACAGCAGUAACAAUCUUUUGAGUCCAACCUCUGCUAAGUUUCUCUUCUAGGUGUUUGAAACUUUGUUCUCUUUCGUCCAUAUGUUUCCUAAGUCGUCGUCGCUUGCCGAUUUACUUUUUAUUCAUGCAUCAUAAUUUCUGGCAAGUCUGAACCAUCAAUCAUCUUUUUUAUCUCAGUUGCUUGAUUUUCUUUUUUCUUGCCUCUGUUUUUGUGGGUUAAUGAUUUCAAUGUCUGCUAUCGAACAUUGCUUCUGUGUGUUUCUCAUCAAUUUGAAGAUACUCUUGUCUC